AAAACUUGUUACAAGUCGCAGCCCGCAGCCCACAGGUCGCAGCACUGCAAGUGCAACAGCCGCCGCCGCAGCAGCGUCGUUGUCACAACUCGGCAACUCGCAAAGCUGCAAACGAUUCCGGGUACCGACCGCUACGACCGAUGUCUCGUAAUCCGUAUUCCCGUGUCUCGUAUUAUAGUCAAAUAGUCAACUCUCUAAAGUUAUACUCUCGUUUUUCAUCAGUCUCCUCUAAAGUCCUGUUAGUGUGUUGACACUGUUCCGUUUCGUUCAGACUUGCGACUGAUAGUUGCUAUUCACUAGCUGUAACAAUAGCUCAAGCCUUUGUCAUAGAAAAUAUGUCUGCCCCGAUCAACGAGGGGGCGUCCACCUCGGCUGGUCUGUCAGAGUACGAACUCUUACGGCAAGAGAACAUGAAUAAACUGAAGCACGAGGUUGGCGAUAUAUUUAGUAACGCUCUGCAAUGUGCUCAGAACCUUAAAAAAAAGUUGCGAUUACGAAGUGGUAGAAGGGCAGCUCAUAUACCAGGGCUACGAGUGAAAUUAUUCUCUAAACUGGAAAAAUCGUCAAAGGCAAAGGAGGCUCAAAGAAAAGAUAUCCGUCGAUCAUCACGUUCUAAAAGAAAGCAAAUUUAUUAUGAUUCUAAAGAUGAAAAUAACAAUGGAAAAAACAAAAAAUGUCGACAGAAAUUAAAACAACAGAAAAAGUGUCCAUCUCCUAAAUCUAAAGUUUCAAAACGAACAUUUAGCAGAAAAGUAUCUCGAUUGGAUGCAUCUCUUGUAACAAAAGAAAUGAUAGACAACAUCAAUUAUCGCUCUGUAGGAAAAAAAUAUAGUACCGAUAAAGGGACAACUUGUCACCAAUGCAGGCAGAAAACUUUGGACCAAAAAUCAUACUGUCGGCACCAGAGUUGUAAAGGUAUGAGAGGUAUGUUCUGUGGUUUUUGUUUGGGUAAACGAUAUGGUGAAGAUGUAGCUGAAGCUUUAUUAAAUCCGGUAUGGGCUUGUCCACCAUGUCGAGGUCAAUGUAACUGCAGCAUUUGUAGGCGUCAUCAAGGCAAAGAUCCAACUGGACAAAUGGCACAAGAAGCCAAAGCUAAAGGAUAUAACUCUGUUUGCGAUAUGUUAAGGACAAUAGAAGGAGAUCCAUGUGAACCGCAAAAUCAUAAUCCUGUAGAGAACCACAUUGAACUUCAAAACAGUAAUGUAGUUAGUUUUACCGGUACCCAGUUAAAGAAUGAUGUGGCUGUAUUUGAUGAACACAAGUCUGAAAACAAGGUCAAAAAUUUAAAAUCAAUUAGUAAGGAUGAAGAACAAUGUAACUCUAAAAAUUAUAUAGAAGAGCAAAGAGAAACUUCAGAAAUGGUUAUUGAUAAACUUUAUGAGAAAUUAAUGGCUUCUACAUAAUCAGAAGAAGAUAAUUAAAAAAUCUAAACAUAAGCAGCAAGUAGUCAUAUAACUGACUUAUUUUAUAACGAAUAGUAUUAAGUACUAUAUUUUAUAAGUAAUUAUUAAUAUUUUUUUUCAACUUGAACCUUGGUCUAUUUUUUCGCCAUAAGUAAAAGUUGUUAUUAUUAAUUAAAGUAAUUAUAAAAGUAAUAAUUUAAUUAAAAGUUAUAAAUUUAAGUUGAACUGCAAUGAAAAUUACAGUUAAUACAGAUUCUAUAUAAGUGUGAAAUGAUUUUUUUGGCAUUACUAUUUAUGUGUUAUUGAAAAAUGCUCAUAGUUAAUAUUAUUCAAUCAUAUAAAGAUGCAUGUAUCAUUUUUUUUUUUUUUUUGGAUUAUUAAUCUUUCUAUACUUUUAGUCAUAUAAGUAAAACAUUUAUUUUGGUUUUAUAACUCUUAAUGAGGUAAGCCACGAACUUACAGCAUAUUUAUUUUUCAGAAGUUAUGUUUUUUUUUUCUUAUAUAUUUUGUUUUCUAUUAUAUUUGAAUUUUGACAGUUA